GGAAUCACGAACUGCGCGCAACAAAGUAGACCUCGUCUAUACGAUAGAACGAUGCUGAUCUUGCUGAUCUUGCUGAUCUUCAGCAUCGACCUUGCUGGGAAUGUCGCUAUGGACCAUAACCCGUCGGUUGACCGGCAGUCCAUGCAUUUUUUAUCUCGAAGCAUGUCGUCUAUGAGUGCGGGACCGUCGAUGGGCUUCCCACUGAGAGCCAUCUUCGACCACGAAGGGCUGCGACGGAUCAAGCGUACACGCAGGGCACACCGCCUUCUUCCGCGCCCGCAAUAUUUCUGUGGGACUACCGAACUGUUGGCUAAAAUAUCGAGGAUCCCAGAAUGCGAUGGACGUACCUCGUAG